AUGAGGAAUUCCCGCGUCUUGAUUUGGCAAAGGUUAGGAUGUUGUAGUAGUUGCUUCAGGCAGAGGGAAAGACUUGGUUUCCAGCAGGCGAUUAUAGGACUGGGAAUCGUUGGGGUGACACCUGUAAUUGGGAAUUUGUCUGAUGAACAUGGAAGGAAUGCUCUGCUCACAAUUCCAAUGGCCCUCUCCAUUAUUCCCUUGGCUAUAUUGCAAUAUAGCAGGACUACCACCUCCUUCUACGCAUACUUUGUGAACAAGACUCCUACUGCCAUGAUUGGUGAAGGCAGUAUAAAUUGCCUUGCUCUCGCAUACGUGGCAGACAACAUCUCAGCAGGCCAGCAAGCCUCAGCUUUCGGAGUUCUAUCUGGGAUAGCAUCUGCUGUUUUUUUUGUCUGUGGAAUUCUAGCCGCUCGCUUUCUCUCCACUGCCUUCACUUUUCAGGUUGCCACCCUUGUAUCGAUGAUUACAACCAUCUACAUGAGAGUUUUCCUCAAGGAGACUUUCCCCAAAGGCGAUUCUUCACAGGCAUUAUUGAAAAAAAAAAAACCGAGUAUAAGGGAAAUGUACUGA